AUGCCACUGCGGUACUACAGCGAGCACUCGUUCUAUUCGAACAACACGUUGCUCUCGGUGAGCUAUGCGCGUUCCGAUGUGGGCUCAUCUGCCUUUUCAGACUGAUUUCAUGGAGGGCAUCUUUUGGCUGACAGUGUUUACCCACGUCUUCAGCUAUACAUUCAACUUUGUCCUUCUUUACGUGGUUACCAGCAACAAAGGUUAGCUUCUAGUGCUUUCUCAACGACACCUUUAUGGUUCAGCAAUAAAGACAAAGUCCUACAUCACUCACUUGAUCUGGGUCGAGCUUCUGCUCAAUGUCUGCCAGCAUUUCUCCGUGGAGAAGGUGCUUCAGAUGGAGGAUCAGACCCAUGUGAGUCUCGUCAAAAACGUGUGCAUCUUCUUCAUGAGCCUCCAAAUGUGGACGGUCAACACAAUCCGCUAUAUAAUGACGUUUGUGAUGGCCUCGAACCGCUUCGUCUGCAGUGUCUAUCCGGGUUUCAACAAGUAUUUCGACUCGGAAAUGAUAACUUUCUUCGGUGUUGGCAUCUGGGUACUCAUCCCCUUCACCUUCCUGCCUUCUGAAUUCCAUUCCCUUCAGCUCAUCGCUUUCAUCGCCUCCUGGUACCUCCUUCUGCUUGGAUGCUUCCCCCGUUUCAACACCGAAACGUUCGUUAUGGACACUAGUUGCUACUUCCUAAAAUGGGUAGGUUGGGUGGAACAGAACAAGUAGAGACGGAUAAUAAUACAAAUGCAGCCAGACUUCAUCUACAAAUCCCAUUAUCUUCUGAUUCUCACUUUGGCUCUCAACAUUAUGAUGGUCGUUUAUGCGAAGCUCCGAAGAAGCGGAUGUUUCAAUGUUGGUGAGUUCGGUUUGUAGCCUGGCUUCAGAACCUACCGUAACCCUUUCAGCCGUGGCUCGCGUCUCCGUCGUCGCCGCGCAACGCCGUUCUCGCACCGAAACAGUCUUCGUCCUUCAGUCCUGCAUCGUUUUCCUCUUCAUGGCCUACGACGCAGUCUACACUUAUCUCCGUAAAGCCUACGAAACUGUCAGUCCUCACGACGAUUCACCUCUUCCUUUAUAAUCAACUUCCAGGAGUUCCACCAACUCCCGCAGAACGCUCAAAUAAUGCUCGGCUGGCUCAACAUCUACUCGGCCAACUACAUGAAUUUCCUGCUCUACUUCCUCUUCCACAAAGUCAACCGAGUAUUCGUGGUUCGCACGAUUCUCUGUGUCAAAUCGCGUAAAAUCAGUCCCUCGUGAAUAUCUUCCUGUUGCUCUCUCGCUCUUUCUCUUCUCCAAUUAUCUCACCCCUUCAUUAAUCCCCGUUGCUUUCUGUCACGAUUUUUCUUCACACGCCCCGCUUUUCUCUCUUCUUUUCUGCUUCGAAGGAAUGAUCUGGCAAGGUCCGGCGUUCGCGAUAUUCAUGCACAUUUUUGUGUACAUUUUCAAUAUUACCGUAAUUGUAAUGUUGAAGCGUAAGAAAGGUAUGUCAUGAUUAGUGAUUCCGCGCCGAGUUCAACGCAUUAUUUUAGUAGUGUCCUCACGAAUCUACAUGAUCCAUAUGAUUAUUUCCGAGCUGAUAAUGAACAUUUCUCAGAAUAUUAUCAUCGAGUUUCCCUACUUCUUCCCACAAGAUCCGGGUUUCUCAACGAACUCGCAGUUCUAUGAAAUUACGAAUUUUCAGCGUUCUACACGUUCCCCCUAGUCAAGUUCUUCGAGAUGUUCAACGUUCUCGGCUACCAAUUCAAGUUCUACAUUGCCAUUGUGAUGGCCAUCAAUCGGUUGUGGGUAGUUGUGAAGCCUCUCGGCAGCGAGGUUUUCAGUCCGAGAUGGCUGAAUGUGUACUUGACCGCCGGAUGGCUCGUCCUCAUGUGCCCCGCUUUGAUCGUUCUCAUACCGGAUGACUGCUACAUUCGCACCGACCUAGUGGAGUUUCAAAUCAUGACUACUUGCCUGGAUCCGGAGAGUCACAAAACAAGAAUGGUCGUUGUGAGUGUCUAGGCUACAAGUUGGUCAUGAAACUCAGAUCUGCAGAUUACUGUAAUCAACUCUCUAAUUCACAUCGUCUUCCCGUGGCUCGCCGCCUCCAUCAAUCUCGUUGUUUAUGUUUGUGUACGAAGAAGGAAAGCGAAUAGCCAAAUCACGACAAAGUCAGGAGAAAUGUCGCUGGUCAUCAAUUCUCUAGUGGUUUCACUCGUGCUCGUUACAAACUACAUAUACAAUUACGUGUUAUUCUUUUGUAAAGACGUGAGAGCCUUCCGAUUACCGCUUGCAACAACCUCUGUUUCAGGAGAUAUCCAGUCAGUCUGCUGCCGUCCAGUCCGUGUUCAGUUUCUUCAAUCUCUACGGAUGCUCCUUCUUCAACUUCAUCGUCUACUUCAUUCUCAGCCCGACAACACGGAAUAUCAUGCUGAGUAUGAUCUCCGCAAAACAAGUGACUCGUGUCUCAACUCUCGUCGCCGCCAAUGGUUAA